AAUUUUUUUUCAAAAUAAUUUUUACCCUUUAACAUAAUAAUCGUUACUUUUUCUUAUUCCCAAUUCGAAACAAAAACGCUUUAUUGGGCUUAGCUCUCUGUCAAAAAACAAUCCCCAUGUUAAUACUCAAUAUGGGUUAUAUUCGGCCCAAAAGUACUCUCUUUCGUUCUAAAAGUUUACGAUGUUAAGUUGUAUCGGAAAGCCCACUAUCCGCACGAUUCCCAAUUCCCCAGUCGAAACUGGUUGAUUGCAUCCUUCAAAAAAGAAAUUGACAAGAAGAGUUUUGAAGCAAAAAUCCGAUUCCGUUAUCCGAAACUGAUCCUUUCAAGAAGGGAAGACGACCCAGUCGGAUUCUUAACUCGGUUUUAUAGUUACAAGCUUCUGUAGUUGAGUGGAUGCGUUGCCGGAGGAAAGAGCAGAGAACGGAAUCCUCGACGAGCACGCCCUGGAUAUGUACUCGUGGUUUAAACGCAAUCUAUCUAGAAACCGAAAGUCACCGAUACCCAUCUCCUCCGCCGCCGCCGCCGCCAAUAGUAACAAUGGUAAGGAAGAAGAGGAACGGUUCUACGGAAUCACUGACCAGUUGAUCGAAUUCGUCAAGUCCUUCACUGUCGACACUUUCAAGAACUUCCCCAUUCCAGAUGCAGAUGUCGAAGGAGGGAUAGAAAAGGGAGGUGAUGGCGUAUCUGGAAACGUGAACAAUGAUCUAUCUGAGUGGCAAGAACGACACGCUGUGCUUAUCCUUUCCAAAGUCAAGGAACUGUCACAGCUGAGGUUUAGGUUAUGCCCCCGCUUAUUGAAGGAGCAACAAUUUUGGAGAAUAUAUUUCACACUAGUUUGGAAUUAUGUAGCCGAAUAUGAGCUGCAUGCUGUAAGAUUAGCUAAACUCAAGGAAAUGAGUGCCGAGAAUAAAACUCAAACCGGAACAAAUGCAGUUGAGGUAGAAAUGUCCGAGGCAAAGCCGAUUACUCUUCAUGGUGGGUCAGCUUCACCACAGCCAACUGAAAUCUGACUGAAUGUAGCACACAAGAAACAGACAGAAGUUAACUGCCCAGCAAUCUUGGCCAGAGUGUAUAAUUAUCUCCCUUUCCACCACAAAAGGCAACAAAUUUCUUCUGUAUACUGGGUCUUCACUGUAUUACUUACUGUACUUUCUAGGCUCAUAGGCUGGUAGGACCUUAGAUGAUUUUUCGGUGGUGUAUCAUUCGUUGUAAUUUAACUUUAUAUCCCAUGGAUGUUUAUUACAGAGGAUUCCAAUGGUAGAAAAAGUUUCUGAAUUUUGCUUUCUCUCCAUUGCUUGAUGACCAGUGAGAAUUACAAGUAGCAGAAGGACAAUAAGAGUCCAAACAACAAGUAGUAAAAAAGUUAGUGGGUUGCGUCGCGCAACUUGUAUAAUAGACUAAAAUACCCCUGAACCUUAGACUCUUCUAAAUUUUUUUGCACGAUCAUUUUUUUAUAACUUCUUACGAGUUCUUUCAUUAUAUUGUCAAAAAAUUAUUGAUACUUGAUGGUUUGCAAUGGCGGAAAAUUAAAUAAC